AUGUUGAACACGGAGGAAUCAUGCAAAGAUUAUAUCAGAAAUCAAAGCCCCUCCAAAAUAGCUCAACAAAUCCGACAAGACCAAGAGCUAUGUCAAACACAAGGACUUCCCAGUCCAUUGGCCCUUUACCUCCCCAACGUCAAAUCUCCGUUAGGAGAGAAGAUCGCAAAGGAGCUGUAUCCUAAAAAUGCACCAUCCCGAUACUCGUAUACGAUAGGCACGGCUUUGUAUACUGGGAUAAUACAAGGAAUCCAAGCCUAUUUACACCAAAUGUCGCCACAGCCUAGGCAUGGAAGUCUUCCAAAUGUUAUAGAGGAUAUCCCUGAGUGUGUACCUUCAGUAGAGGAUAUUGAAACAACACUCAAAGUGCUUGGAUAUUGCGUCAAAAGCUCGGGAGACAUUGGUAUUAGUGGGCAAACGCCAAUAAAAGACGUUGUGCAGGUUUUGAACCAACGUUUGCGGGAUCCAUUUUCCACUGAGGACAAAAGUGUGACAAAAAGAAUAAGGGAGGGACGAAGAUGUUAUAUUUGCCAUUUCCUCAUCACUAUUCCUCAUCCUCAGUAUCCAGCCCUUUGCAAACCAUGUGGAGGCUUCAAUCUUGCAUCAAGCGAACUUUCACUACCGCAUGCUCUUAAUCUGGAAGGGAAAACGGCAUUGGUAACAGGAGGCCGAAUCAAUUUAGGAUUUCAUACCACAUUACGACUGCUUAGAUGUGGUGCAAAAGUAAUAGUAUCGUCCAGAUAUCCCCGGGAUGCAUGCGUGAAAUAUCUAGCGGAAAAUGACUCGGAAAAAUGGAGGAAGCGAUUAAGGAUCAUCGGGGCCGACUUUAGAGCAGCCAAUGAUGUCUUUCAUUUAGUUGUUGGUAUUAGGCAGAUAUUGAGAGACUGGAGUACAGGAGACAAAGCAAAGCUUGAUAUUCUUAUAAACAAUGCUGCGCAAACCUGGACAGACUCAAUUAAACAAGAAAGGCGGGCAAUCGAACUAGAAAACCAGCUGAGACUUGAAGACAACGAUUUCAAUAAUCUACUUCUUGACACUAAUUACAGUCCGCGAGUCAGAGGUGGCGUUCAAAGUUUAAAUCUCUUAGCUUUCGAUACGGAACAAAAACGUCUUAAUGACAUGUUUCCCGAAGAGACCGGAAUAGUAGGACGAACAGAAAAUACCACAUCAAUCUCAACAACGGCCGAAGAACCCAAAACCUCCUGGGUUCAAAAUCUCUACGAAAUACCCUACGAGGACGUCAUCUCCGCCCACUCAGUCAACACAUUCGUCCCUUUAAUUUUAGUUCGCGAACUCCUUCCGCUCAUGGGCAGUGCUCGUCCCCAUCCUAAUACCAAUAACCAUCCUUCUAAGCCUCUAGGCCAUAUAAUCAACGUCUCAGCUCGCGAAGGAGUUUUCGAAGUCACGCCCACUAACCGCCACAAAAAUGGUUACCAUGUACAUACCAAUCUCACAAAAGCCGCACUUAACAUGCUUACAGAAACUGAAGCAGCAGUAGCAUGGCGAGAUAGGAAAGUGGCGAUGAAUAGUGUAGAUCCGGGUUAUCUGAGCGCGGCUAAAGAAGUGAUUGAGAACAGGAAGAGAAAUGGUGGUUGGGAUGGAUGUCCGAUUGGGUGGGAGGAUGGUGCGGCGAGAGUGCUUUGGAGUGUGGCUGUAGGUGAGACUGGAAAGGGCGCUGUUUGGGGGAGAUUUUUGAAGGAUUUUGGGAGGGGAGAGGGAGAGGAUACAACUGCGAGGUAG